AGAGAGAGAGAGGUGUGGCUACGCGGCCGGAGCCAAAAUGGCGACGGCAGGGGAGGAGACGGGACGCCAGUUUCACUCAGCGCUAACUAGCUUAGCUCAAUAAGGAACUAACCCGAGAGCACGGAGACGGAAACAGUGUUAAUCAUGGCCGAACUUGACCAGCACGAAGGAGAGCAGGACAUUGAGAAGAAAAUUGAAGAGACGAGACAGAGAUUUAAGAAUGAGUUCCUCCAAGAUUCGACAGAAAAAUAUGACUCCAGAGACGUGGAGAGGCUUCAAACCGAUGAUGCUCUGGUGGAGGGCUACCUGACGUGGAGGCUUUAUGCUGUCGACGAUGCCUUGAAAAUGAUCGAUGAAAGUCUCCAGUGGAGAAAAGAGUUUGGUCUGAAUGAUCUCACUGAGAGCAGCAUUCCCAAAUGGAUGUUCGAGACUGGUGCCGUUUAUCUCCACGGAUACGACAAAGAGGGCAACAAGCUCUUCUGGUUCAAAGUGAAGCUACACAUGAAGGAUAACAAAACAAUCACGGACAAGAAGAAGUAUGUCGCCUUUUGGCUGGAGCGGUAUGCGAAGAAAGAGCCCGGGAUGCCGCUCACUGUUGUGUUUGACAUGGCAGAGUCUGGCCUCAGCAAUAUAGACAUGGAGUUCGUGAAGUACAUUAUCAAUUGCUUCAAAGUGUAUUAUCCAAAGUUUUUAUCCAAAAUGAUCAUCGUGGAUAUGCCUUGGAUCAUGAAUGCCGCGUGGAAGAUUGUGAAGUCAUGGCUGGGUCCUGAGGCGAUCAGCAAGCUCAAGUUUGCAUCCAGAUCCGAGAUCCAGACGUUCAUAGGCCCCGAGUACCUGCCACCCCACAUGGGUGGAACGGAUCCCUUCAAAUACAGCUACCCGCCUCUUCCCGACGACGACUUCCAAACGCCCAUCUGCGACAACGGACCCAUUGUUGGCGAGGACGACGUGGAGAGCAAAGAAGGUGAAAUGGAGGGCAAAGAUGCACUUUCAGAGUCCAGCUUCAACUCUGAGGUCGCGGUAAAGCCCAAAAAGGUGAAUUUCCUGGAAGACAGUUUGAGGUCAGAGGACAAUGAUAGAGGAGACGCAGGCACCAGGACCAAAGGAGUCAGGAAGCCACUGACGACCUUCAAAGGCCCUCUGCUGGAUGUCAGCCCUGCAGAGGAGCUCAGCUUCGGUUCUGGGGAGACGGAGAAGAAAUGCCUCAUUAUCCUGAGCAAUGUGACCAAAAAUCAAGUGGCCUUCAAGGUCCGGACCACGGCGCCUGAGAAGUACAGAGUGAAGCCCAGCAGCAGCUGCUGUGAACCAGGAGCAUCAGUAGAUAUAGUGGUGUCCUUACACGGAGGUUCUCAAGCCUCUCCGCAGGACAGAUUCUUGGUCAUGGCUGCAGAGAUGGAGAACGCUGGAUCACAAGAACUCGCACAGUUCUGGAAAGACGUAUCGAAAACAAAGAUCAUGGAACACAGAUUGCGCUGUCAUGUUCUGGAGAGCGAAAAGCCUGCAGCGAGUCCUCUCAGGGACAGCCCUGUGGAGACGGUGAGCAGCGGGCAGCAGGAACUAAACACAGCGCUCAUGCGAGUGAUGGCCUGCAACUCGCGGUUGGAGCAGAAGAUGAAUACGUGUCUGUGGGUGCAGAAGGUUCUCAUCGGGUUGGUGCUGGUCCUUGUGGCGCUGAACCUGCUGUGUCUCUUCAUGCUGGGCUCUUCACAGCGGCAGUCCUGACCUGCUCCCUCUACCGCCUGCAUCCGUCAACCACAGACCAGGUUCCAGUGGGACCACAGUCGACCGCCUGAGGGGACAGUCAUCCGGGACUUUCUCCUCCUCCUCUUAGCCUCCUCCGCCGUCCUCAGAGGCCGCUGCCAUGGAGGCGAGGAGGGCCGCAUUAGGGACAAUAUAAGUUAUAUGAAGAGAUUGUACCUGUCUCUUCUCAGGCACUUGAGCGUAAAAUACAACAGAGACACUUUUAACAAUGUGACAUGAAAUCAGUAAUGUUGUUUUUUAAGGUCGAUCAUGGAAAACAAAAAAGUGUAUUUAUUGAAGAAGUCACAGUUAUUUUUGUGAUCAUGAUGUAUAAUUCUUUUUUUAUAUUGUAUAAAUCUACAUAAUAUAAAAUAAACACUUUUGUCAGUC